AUGUCUAAAGAAACACUUGUUAAGAAUGCCAAAAAACAACUCCGUACAGCACUAAAAAAGAAAUUAGGUGAAUUAACUGCCGAUUCGAUUAAUCUGCAGUCAAUUGGUAUUUCAAAUUCAUUAUUUCAAGUUCCACAAUUCAAAGAUGCUAAAAAGAUAGCGGUUUACAUGAAUAUGCCCAACCUGGAAGCCCAAACUAUGGAUAUUAUAAGGUAUUGCUUUGAUAUGAAAAAAUCUUUAUAUUUACCAAAAUGUAAUGUUGAGCCAUUAGACGGAAGAAAACGUAAUUACUUGUCCAUGCUUGAAAUUUCAAGUUUUGAAAAUGUCUUACAAUUAGAACCACAAGGUAAAUAUAAUUUGCUUGAGCCAACUCGUGGAAAGGACAUAAUGGAAACUGGUGAUCUUGAUGUGAUUAUAGUUCCAGCAGUAGCGUUUACAAAACUGAAAAAAAGACUUGGGCAUGGAGCUGGUUUUUACGACGAGUUUUUGAAUGUAUAUCGCAAGAAGUUUAACAAAUGUCCUUAUUUAAUAGGAAUCGGAUUAGAAGAGCAACUAGUCGAUGAGAUACCAAAAGAGGAACAUGACUGGAACAUGAAUUGUUUAGUAAUAGGUAAUGUUGGAGUUAUUCAUUGA